AUGGCUUCCAUGCUGUGGGCGGUGGCGGAAUGCCGCAUCGUUGGAAACUCGGAAGUGACCUCACGAGAACUCCAAGGAAAUGCGGAUCGACAGGUGGUCUACUUGUUAAAUUUUGACAUUCGACUGGCCUUGGAUGGGGCUCCGGAAGAUGUGAAUAUCUUUACGCUGAGGCAGAUUGUCACCAGUUGGUUGGACGAUUCCUACAAGGCCAAGAGCGAAAAUGAUUCCUUGCUCAGCAGUGGCGCCACCUUUGAUUAUGCCGCCUUGGACUUUGUGACUCGAAGGCAAUUGCAAGAAGGCGCUCAAGCCACCAACUUUUACAAGGCUGUCUUUCGAGGAUUCACUGUUUGGAACUUGGAAUCGGCCAUGACCGAACCGGUCAAUGCGGACUUUGUCGAGUUGAUUCAAAAGGCUACUUUACUAGAAGACAAGAGGCUUUUGGACCUCCUUCGUAAUGCGGAACCUGGAAUGGGUCUGGGAACUGCUGUGUUGGAUGUCCGUGCGGAAUUGUCCGCUACAAAUGGUGACAAUUCUGGAGGUGAAGAUGAAUCGGCAACCGACAAGACUUUGGAGAUUAUCAUUAUGAUUGCCAUUAUCGUUGCCUGUCUUGCCUUUUGUCUGCUCAUGUUUGCCGUCAUUUGGGCAUGGAGAUCAGAUCGAGCCAAGCGAGAAGCGUACAAGGCAAACCGCGGAGAACGAGAUAAUGGUAAUAUGGAAAAGACUCGAGGAGGACAACAUGCACCCACACCUCCUCCCAAGCAUCAACCCUUGGGCAUGGUACCACCUUCUACUGCUCAAACAGGAACACCGUCGUCCGCCAGAGAACCUCCACCACAAGAGAUUCCAGGGGCUUCGAACUAUCCAGAUUCUGUCAUCUCCGACUCGGUCAUUACCGACUCUGUCGUUUCGAAUGGUUUGGACUCUAGCUACGCGGGAUACUCCAUGCCACAUCAAGCGCCGGCUGGGAACCCUGCGGCUACAGCACCAUCGGCCAAGUUUGAACCACGCGAAUUGAGUGAUGCACACAGUGUCUCCAGUAUGGAUUCCUAUGGUUAUUCACUCGAUGGAUACGCUUCCAGCUUGGGCGGUCCUCCCAAGUUUCCCGGAGGAGCACUUGGUGGUAUGCCCACGGAUGCCAACGAUGCAUCGGAUGCCGACUUGGCUCCCAGCAUUAAUGGCGAUCGCAAGAUUUGA